AUGCCAUCCGAAGGCCAUCUUAACCAUGUCAUCGUCCGCUGCUCAGGAGAGAAAACUGGCUGUCAACGCUGCGCUAAUCUUAGCCUGGACUGUAUCUUCUCGAUCUCAAGGAUUGGGAAGGUGCCUGGGAAACGAAGCAAAGCCAACCGCGCCGCAGCAGCAGCCGCCGCCGCCGCCGUUACCGCUCCCCCAUCAUCCACAUCGCUCACAUCGCCCUCUCGCCUGGAGUCCACAAAUGAGACAGUCGCAUCAUUUAAGCCAUUUUCACACGCUAUCAAGGAUGAAGGCGGACAAGGGAUGACUCCUUCAGCACGCCAUAUCCCGUCCAACUUCGCCGUAGAUCCUAUAAUCACCCCGUUAAUAGUGCACGAUUAUUCGAGCAGCAUGCAAUUUUACCCCGGGGAUAGCUGUGUACAGGAUGGUCUCUCCCUCACAGACACAGUACCCACUUCAACACACCAUAUAGCUCAUCCUCUGGGUCCCAAUAUUGACCUGGGCCCCCAAGAACCUGGCAACUUCUGCUGGUCCUCCGACCUGGAGCCCCUCAGCGCCAACAGCCUCCCAACCCCGGGACUAGAAAUCUCAGCGAGUAGAGGCUCCUUAAGUCUCGACCGUCGCCUCAGCCACGACUGGGAGAUGGAGACGAAUGUCGCCAGCGGUAGCUGCAACCCCAGUCGAUCUUGCACGACUUCGAUCCGGCAGCCCGCAACUCCACCCGAGUACCUCGCUGAUGAUGUAAUAUACCCGGUCAGCGCCUUGGGAAACAUGGGCCCAGAAACGAGCUACACAGUGUACCUGCAACUGCUGCACGACAUCGAACAGACACUCGUCAUGGGCCGGCAGCGCAUGAAGGAGAACCAUACGCUCGACGCCGUACUGGCCGCCAACCAGCAGUACCUGACAACUCUCCUACAUCUGACCGAGAGCCUCGGUUUUGAGCAGAUGUACGAUGGCCACUUGCUGUUCACCGUUGCUUUGAGCAAAAUCAUCACCCUGUUCAACUUCGGAUACCGCGACUUCACACUGCGGUCAGAAGCACAUCAGUCCAUGGGCUGUGCGGAGCGCCUGAUCCGCUUCGGCGUGUUCGAGAUAGACUUCGUCGAGCAGAAGGCUAUCUGCGAGGGCAUCUUCCUCAGGGAACUAAAGCGCGCGGGGGUGUGCCUUUCCAGAUUAAUGGACGUGUUGUGUCGGGAGAAAUUCCCAUAUGCCCAUGGCCGGCAUGAAAAGUUAUGUGAGGAGAUGAAGCAGCAUUUGGACCAGUUAACGAGUGCAUUGGAGGCGAGCGAGGCAUGA